AUGUUAAUUUGUUACUCGUACCCUCGCUACGAACGGUCGCUAUUUCCCACGCCUCCUGUCCCCCUCCGUCACCGUCAAAGGCAGAGACCAGGACAAGGACGAAGACGAAGACGCCCCGUCGUUCCCCUCCGCCCCUCUAGCUCCAACACCCCGAGCUGCCCGGGCAGCUCGCCUUCAAGACAACCCAUCGAAUCGCCCUCGCCCCCUCCUGACUCGGUCCUACCCUCUUGCGAAGUCGACGACGAUCCCGCCUUCUCCUUCUCCGCCUCCGUGGCCGACACUCAGCCCGCCUCGAGCCUCCCCCCACGUCUCCAAAAUCAGAACAGUUAUUUUGCCUCGGCCGACUACGCUUCAUCAGCUGCCUCAAGCCCCUGUGCUUCUGCCUACGCCGACCUUUCCAUCGAAAGUGACCGUGGCGGCGACGAGACUGGCUCGGCCCGAACCUUGGCCAGAAGCCAGUCUCCCUUGCGUCUCUCUCACCGAGCUAUCAUGAAUGGCGAUGCCGACCUACCUCAACGUUCCUCAUCGCCUUUGAAACGACGUGCUUCCAGUAUGGAUCCCGAGAACGAAGCGGAUAGAACCCGGGAUGUCGACAUGGGCUCAUCACAGGUUAACGAGUCUGUCGAGGGUCCAUCUCAGCCAUCGUCUGCAGCCACCUUGCCUCGAGCCAUGAGUGUUGAUGUGCCUGAGCCUGCCGCGCCCUCGGCAGACGAUACUUCCCUGUCUCAACCUGUCCCCUCGUUGCAAGAACAGAUUAAGAUCAUUGAGACCCUUUUGAAAGCCUUUCGAGAUUCACAACCAAAGGAAGGGGAUAAAGCCUACCUUGUAUCGAAUGCCUGGGUUGAAAAAGCACUUGCGUUGCGUGGCGACUUAAAAGACACCCACGAGAACGAUUCUGCAUCAAACCCCCUUGGACCUGUAGACAACUCGGACAUUAUUGAAGAAAUUGUCACAGAGCCUACUGGCAAUGAAUUCAUUCGUCUCAAACAGGGAACCAACGAGAAUGAGUUCACGCUCUUCCCCGAGGACGCUUGGAAGAUGGUUGUAGAAUGGUACGGUGUAAAGGAUGGCCAAAACGCUAUUGUUCGAACUGCGAUCAACACAGCUGAACAUGGUGACGUCCCUGUCAUUCAGUUUGAAUUUCACCCUCCAGUUUUUACAGUUCAUCGCCUGUGGUCGACUCUCAGUCCACUGCCCAUCGAGCAGUCACUUAAAGCCAGGAACCCCCCUCCUUACAAAUUCGCCAGAAGCCGUAAAUACCAUGCUCAAACUUUCAUCAAAGAGUUAAAGACGGCCACUGGUGUUCCGAUGGACCAAAAAAUUCGUCUGUUCACUGUGCCCGAGGUUCAGCAGAUCGCUGGCCCCUCAGAACCGUCCCGGGCACUCACUCCUCCGGAUUCUCCAGGCCGAGGCGAGAGCAGCGGCGAGUCUGCAGAUUCUUGGUCUAAACUUCUCCUGGAUAUUGCUUCAUUUGAACGCGUUCGCGACACCAAGACACAAUGUACUUUGGACGACAAGACCAUUCAACCGAACUUUAACGGUGGAUCGUCGUUGUCUUUGUUUAAUUUGGUCACCGACCAAACUCUUGUUAUUGAUGAGGCGAUCGAAAAGGUGUCCUGGGUCAGUACAUACACUGGAAAGAGCCCGCCGAAUGGGCUGGCCAUUCCUACUAGAAGCGGCAUGGCAUCAUCCAAUGUGAGCGGCCGAAGUAGCCCUGCUCCUGGUGGUGUGCUGACACGAGGUCGAAUGGGAAAGAAAUCCGGUCGCAGCAUCGGUGUCGUUGGUCUGCAGAACUUGGGGAAUACCUGUUACAUGAACUCGGCCCUCCAGUGCGUCCGAAGUGUCGAGGAGUUGACAAAGUACUUUCUGACGGAUGAGUUUGUCGAUGAGGUCAAUAAGACCAACCCUCUAGGAUACAACGGAAAAGUUGCCACGACAUAUGGACACUUACUCAAGGAGAUAUACUCGGAAAAUAGGGGUUCUGUAACUCCAAGAGAUUUUAAGAACACCAUUGGUCGGUGUCGGUCAACCUUCUCUGGCUAUGGCCAACAGGACUCUCAAGAAUUCCUUGGAUUUCUGUUGGAUGCCCUUCAAGAAGAUCUGAGCCGUGUCAAGAAGAAGCCUUACAUUGAGAAGCCAGACUCCACCGACGACAUGAUCAACAAUCCAGAAGCUAUAAAGGAGAUGGCAGAUAAGGUGUGGGAUAUCACUCGAUGCCGAGACGACUCUGUCAUCGCCGACCUCUUCACGGGUUUGUACAAAUCAACCCUUAAAUGCCCUGAAUGCGGCAAGAUCAGCAUCACGUUUGACCCUUUUAACAACUUGACACUCCCCAUACCUGUUGAAGACGUCUGGACGGCUAAGAUCAAAUUCCUGCCUCUCAACGAUGCCCCCGUCAUGAUAGAGGUUGAACUGCCUAAACACAGCGCUAUUGAGCAGCUCAAGCAAUUUAUCUCCAUCCGCACAGGUAUUCCACCGGAAAGAUUGAUUGGUGGCGAAGAGUAUAAGGAUAGGUUUUUCAAAAUCUACGAAAACACCAACGAUGUCAGCGAAGAGAUUAACAAGAGUGAUGUCGCUACUUUCCACGAGUUGGAUGCCACUCCUACUAAUUGGCCACACAAGACCAAGAAGCCUCGUUCAAUGUUGGACGUGGACACUCCUCUUGAGACCGAGAACUGGGAUGAUUCGCGGUAUGAGCAAAUGGUAGUACCUGUAUUCCACCGCAUUUCGUCAACUUACGGACGUGGUCGAGAGGGCGUCGCUCCUCCCAGUUUCAUUUGCUUCACUAAGGAGGAAGCUUCUGAUAUCGACCUCAUUCGACGCAAGGUCCUGGAGAAGGUCGCUACCUUUUCAACCUGGUCCAAGCUAAGAGACGUCACAGAAGAAACCUCAGACAAUGCCGAUGGAGAAGUCGUCAUUUCGGUUUCGGACGCGGACUCGUCAGGCGACAGUAAGGUUAUCGCUACCUCGGUUGAAAGUGAGGACGAUAUCGUGGACGUGCACAUGAAGGAUGACAGCGACCCUCUUCCCCAUCAACCCCAGAUCUUGAAGCGAUUCAACACAACCCGACCAAAGUUCGCCAAGCCAGAUAGCUUCCUGGACCCUGAGCUUGAAAAUCUCUUCGAGCUUUGCUAUUUCACGGAUAAAUCUUGUACUGGUCAUGUGCCUACAGGCUGGUCUCAUGUUGAUCACCAUCAACUUCUGCCCAAACUAGCAGACCGAAUUCCCCAGUCUACACCUGAAGGUGAAGAUACCGGUAGUCGCGAUGACGAAAGCAGCACACCCUCUAUCAACGAGGAUGCGAGUAGCACCGAUGAGAGUAUGAAGGCUGAGGUCACACAGACCCGAAUGGCUGAGGAAUCUAGCGAAGAAGACGCUCAAAAAGCUCCACGCAAAUUCAACGGGCGGCCGUCUAAGAUGGGACCUCAUGGACGACGUGGCAAGAUGAAGGGCCAGAAAUACGGCAAGAAGGCCAACAACAAGCGCCGAGAACGCAUCCAGAACAAGAAAAAUAAGGCGGCUUCUGUCAAGCCACAGCCACAGCCUCCUGCAGUUGCUGAUGGUGGCCCUCUUAUUCGCCUUGGCGAAGGCCUUGUCGUGGAUUGGAACGAUGAAGCUUGGGAGAAGGCAUUUGGUGGCUCUUCGAAGACGUCUGAAGAACAAGGAGCACCUACUUACCUGACACUCGAGACACUCAACGACACAGCCCUCAAGAUUGUUCAAAGAAGGAGAAAGCAUCGUCGCACCCAAGGUAUCACACUGGACGAGUGCUUGGACGAAUUCGAAAGAGCUGAAGUCCUCUCUGAGCAAGACAUGUGGUACUGUCCCCGCUGCAAGGAGCAUCGACGAGCCAGCAAGAAGUUUGAUCUAUGGAAAUCACCAGAUAUUCUUGUAGCCCACCUCAAGCGAUUCAGCAGCUCUGGAUACCGCCGAGAUAAGCUGGACGUCAUGGUCGAUUUCCCCAUAGAAGGCCUUGACCUCACUUCCAGGGUCAUCCAGAAAGAAGAUGGCAAGGACGAGAUUUAUGACUUGAUUGCUGUCGACGACCAUUAUGGGGGUCUCGGCGGAGGUCAUUACACUGCCUAUGCCAAGAACUUUGUUGAUGGGCGUUGGUACAAUUACAACGAUUCUUCAGCAUCUCCAGUAUCUGAUCCUGCAUCCUGCAUUACAUCGGCUGCUUAUCUGCUUUUCUACCGCCGCCGCUCAAGCACCCCUUUGGGAGGAUCGCGGUUCGGAGUCAUCUCUGAGAAGUACAGGAACAGCGAAGAGAACUCCGAAGUAGAAGACGCUGAGGCGGGGGAAGGUCAGCGUCUCGGCGAGGGUUCAUCCCUGGUUGGGUUGUCGAGCGUUGGGAUCGCAGCCGCAGCAACUCGCCUUCCGACCGGUGGUUCGGAUAGAGUCACUGUUACUUCCUACCCUGGCCCAGACGAUGACGAAGAUGAACUCCCACCCUAUGGGGGUGCCGAGGACGAAGGCGUCGAUGUCAAAGAGGGAUAUCAACAGCUGGACAACAGGCAGUCAAUGAACCUUACCCAGACUUGGGACUUCACGGGACUGGUCGAUAGCGGCGCCGAGGACUCGACGGGUGCUGACAUCGGCUCUGACGAUGUUCAGUUGGACUCAUCAGCGGACGAACGCGGCUUCAGUCAGUCUGAUGAACCUGAUAUGGCCAUGACGGGACACGACCUCAUGGAUGUUGACCGUGUGACCCCAGCAUCCCACACUCUCCCAGAUAUUGAUAAUGCUACGGGUGAUCACAAAGCGGUGAUUGACGUACCAACGGCAGGUAGCGAUCGAGAUUCAAGCGAAGUGGCUGAAAUUCAUCUUGAAAACGAAAAGGGAACGAAGGCCGAAUAGGGUGGCUAUCCGAAGUUGAAGAACAAGCGGCCUUGGGUCAUAAUGACAUAUGGCAGUCGAUACUGUCGAAACACGAGAAAACGGCGACAUGAGAAUGAGAUGACGACCUGGUACAAACCAACAUGUGCAAAACAUGCUGAGAGAGCUGUAGAUAGAAAGAAACGGUGUGUGGAAUAGAUGGUAUAUAUCUACUAUCCUUCCUUAUGUAACUAGCUCACAUUGGGCUGAAGGGUAGAGAAUGGCGUUCGGUAUGAUUCUGUUUGCAUCAAGCAUGUUCAGUUGAACGGGCCUGAGAAGGUCGUUGAGACAUAUGGUUUAUACGAGUAGCUCAAGCAGAACAAUGGAUAGUUUAUACCAAGA